AUGGAGGCUACGGCAGCAGGAAACCAUUGCACAGUGACUGAGUUUUUCUUGGCUGGGCUCUCAGAGAAGCCAGAACUCCAGCUGCCCCUUUUCCUCCUCUUCACUGGAAUCUAUCUGAUCACUGUAGCAGGGAUCCUGGGCAUGAUCACACUGAUUGGGCUCAGUUCCCACCUGCACACACCCAUGUACUAUUUCCUCAGCAGUCUGUCUUUCAGUGACUUCUGUCAGUCCACAGUUGUUAUUCCUAAAAUGCUGGUGAACUUUGUGAUGGAGAAGAACCUUAUUACCUACCCUGGUUGCAUGACUCAGCUCUACUUUUUCACCACUUUUGGAACUGCAGAGUGCUACACAUUGGCUGCAAUGGCAUAUGACAGAUAUGUUGCCAUUUGUAACCCCUUGCUUUACAAUGUAACCAUGUCCUAUAAGAUGUUUUGUUCUCUUGUUUCAGGGGUAUAUAUUUUUGCUUUGUUCUGUUCAUCCAUAAACACUGGCUUCAUGCUUAGGAUUCAGUUCUGCAAAUUACAUGUGAUUAAUCACUAUUUUUGUGAUCUUGUUCCCAUCUUGAAACUUGCAUCCUCUAAUACCUAUAUCAGUGAAAUAUUGGUUCGAUUUUUUUGUACAUUGAACAUGUUUUGCCCAAUGCUGACCAUUAUUACUUCCUAUAUCUUCAUUAUUACCACCAUUCUCUACAUUAAUUCCCGAGAGGGCAAGUUCAAAGCUUUUAGUACUUGCAGUUCUCACAUCUCUGCUGCUUUUAUCUUCUAUGGUUCUGGUGCAUUCAUGUAUUUUCAGCCAUCAUCCUUGAAUUUUAUGGACAAAGCAAAAUUGUCAUCUGUGUUUUAUACUAUUAUUGUGCCUAUGCUGAACCCCUUGAUCUAUAGCCUGAGGAAUAAGGAUGUCUGUUGCAUUUAA